CGGGCAGGUCGGGGCGGCGCGCCGUGAGUCACCGGAAUCUAGGUGGGGCCCGGGCGCCCCGAGCCGCGUCCUCCCGGGAGCCGCCUCCCUGCGGCCUCUUCCCUUUUGUCGCGCUGCCCGCGCUGGCGGGCCAGUCUCCGCGGCGUCCGAGCCCCGCGCGCUCCUCUCCUCCGCGCCGCCACCGUCGAGAUGCUGCGCUGCGGCCUGGCCUGCGAGCGCUGCAGGUGGAUCCUGCCCCUGCUGCUGCUCAGCGCCAUCGCCUUCGACAUCAUCGCGCUGGCCGGCCGCGGCUGGCUGCAGUCGAGCGACCACAUCCAGACGUCCUCGCUGUGGUGGCGAUGCUUCCAUGAGGGCGGCGGCAGCGGGUCCUACGAUGAUGGCUGCCAGAGCCUCAUGGAGUACGCGUGGGGAAGGGCAGCGGCCGCCAUGCUCUUCUGUGGCUUUAUCAUCCUGGUGAUUUGUUUCAUCCUGUCCUUCUUUGCCCUCUGCGGACCCCAGAUGCUCGUCUUUCUCAGAGUGAUUGGAGGCCUCCUGGCCCUGGCUGCCGUAUUCCAGAUCAUCUCCCUGGUGAUUUACCCUGUGAAGUACACCCAGACCUUCAACCUUCAUGCCAACCCUGCUGUCACUUACAUCUAUAACUGGGCCUAUGGUUUUGGGUGGGCAGCCACGAUUAUCCUGAUCGGCUGUGCCUUCUUCUUCUGUUGCCUUCCCAACUAUGAAGAUGACCUUUUGGGUAAUGCCAAGCCCAGGUACUUCUACACAUCUGCCUAAGGUGGGAGUGAGCAGAAGAUCACUGCUGCCAAGAUGGAUCCCAGAGCAAGAUACUGCCUUCGCCAGCAUCCUUUGAACCCAUUUUGUGGGCAGUGUUCAUCUCAUUAAACUAGUCAAUGCUAAAAUAAUUUGGGAGAAAAUAUUUCUUAAAUGGUGUUACAGUUUCAUAUUCAUCUUUUAUAUAUGUUUUGUAAACAAAGCUUACUUCUUUAAACUAAUGACCUAUAAUAUGCCAAUAUCCCCUUAUAUCUAUAAAUACCAUUUAUAUGACAUUUGUAAAAGAAUAUGAAUAUGAAAUGUAACCACUGUAUAAGGCAAAAAUGAGAAGGCUUCAAAGAUUGGACUGACCUGAUCGAGUUUCUGCUUUUCCCAGGUGGAAUGGACUGUGUCCAUUAAGAGCCAACGAAAAGAGAGAGAGAGAUUAGUAAGAAUUGUCAGUGACCAAAGAUCCUAAAAGAAAUGCAAAAAAUAAAUAUUUUCCAAGCCUUCACUUAUUUAAAGAAGCUAAAAAGCUUCCUCAAUGCAUACUGUUUGUGAGAAUUUCUAGCUAAUAUCCUGAUCUUUUUUGUGAAGCUUUCUGUUACCAUGCUAUGGCAACUAGGAAAGUAUUCUUUCAUACCCAAAGCCUGCAGCAUUAUUAAGGCCUCCUUAUGUAGUGAAAGGUUAAGAUGAAAUUGUUUUCUUUUAAAGUGGUUUAUAGGGUUGGGGUGUGGGAAAAUGCUGUAUUAAUAAAUCUGUACUCUUUUGUGUCUAUAUGUUCAGGAACACAGUAGAUGGAUUCAAAGAUGGGCUGGGUCUCAUUCAUCAUGACUGAUAGGCAUGAACCAGUGGUUUAGUAAAGCUUUCGGAGCUCCAUUCCUCUCACAAAGUCAUUAAAAUAGCCGAAGGAGAGGAAGUGGCUUGAAUUGUUCAUCUCAGGUUUGGCUGGGCUCUAAUCAUAUAGACACAGCUUCUGGUAGAUUGCGGUUGUAAACACCACCUUCAAUGUAGACAAACCUGGUCUUCCUUGGAAAAAGAGAUACAAAAUACCUGAUGUGAGACACACAGAAUUCAGGGAUGUGAGAUUUCUCUGAAUGGCAAAUAGAGGAUAUAUCACAUGGACUAUUUUUUUUUUUUAACCAUUUGUAUUUACAUAGUGAAAACCAAUUCAUUUUAUAUAUCAAAUUAUUAUUUUGUAAGUUGCAGGAUAAGCAAUUGCAGUUUUCAUUAUGAAUUUUUCCCAAUAAACCAGGUGUUUAAUCUUGUUC